AUGGUUAAAGGAGUAGCUCACCCAAAGAUAAAACAUCUCUACACCCAGCACUAUGAUGGAGAGGACGAGGACUACCACGGCAUCGUCCAGUUCGCCGUGUCCCUCGUGGACUCCCAGCUGUUUGUCCACUACCUGGCCGUGGUGCUGCUGGAGCUCCGUCAGCUGCAGCCCUGCUACAGCGUGUGCGUCAUCCGGUCCACGGACGGAGAGUCACGUCACUACAACAUAGGACAGCUCAGUGUUCAAAGGGCCGCUCUGUCCAUUCUGGAGUAUUACUACAGAGACUUUCCACUUCAUAACCCAGCGCUUCUGUCUGCCUCGAAGCACCGGGCCGCCAAACACCUGGCCGGGUUAAAGGUCUACAACGUGGACGCCCCAGGAAACGCAGCAGGGGCUCAGGCUGCUAAUGGGAAUCAGUCACGGGCCAUGGUAACAGCUGCCGCCAAACGCAAAGACAGCGCCCACAAUGAGCUGUACUACGAGGAGGCUGACUAUGAGAGAAGAGUCCGCAAACGUAAAGCCAGGCUGGUGGUGGCCGUGGAAGAGGCCUUCACUCAUGUGCGGCGCAUGAAGAAAGAGGAUGAGCGAGCAGCCCCCUCGGACAUCAUGGACGUACGAGAGGCGGCUCUGGCCAUAUUUCCCUCCAUGGCCCGUGCCCUGCAGAAGUACCUCCGCACCACCAGGAGGCAGCACUGCCACAGCAUGGAGAGCAUCCAGAAGCACCUUGCUUUCUGCCUUGUGAACAACAUGAGCCCUAAGGCCUUCCUGGAGGCCUACCUGGCCCCUGGUCCCACUCUGCAGUACGGCCCUGAGCGCUGGAUGGCAGAUCAGUGGACUUUGAUCAGCGAGGCGUCCGUCACCAGUGGCAUCAAGGAGGGGACAGAAUUCCUCCUGAGGUGUCUCGACUUCAGCUUGGCCAUCACCAUCAAGAGCAUCCCUUACAUCCGAAUCACUGAGGAGUACAUCGACCCCAAGUCCCACAAGUUUAUACUGCUGCUCCAAUCAGAAACCUCAGUUUAACAGAGCCGCUGAGUGCUGGACCUGGUACCACGAUCUGACUGAAUUUUUCAAAAAAAAAGCAUUUUGUACUAGUUUUUUUGUACUUUGUUCGUGUUAUUUCCUCUUAUAGAAAAUCUGAGUGUCCUUGUUGAUGUCCCGGGAGACUUAGAAGACAAUAAAAGACAGACAACAGGAGGGAGUAUGAUUGGAUUUCUCUAUCGUGACUUUUGCAGAACACAGUUCAGGUAUUCCUCUAUGCACUUCAGAUGACCCUCCACUUUACUCCCAUGUGCCAGUGUGUGCCUGCGUGGGAGAGUUUUAGGAGGGGUGUGUGAUUUAGGAUGCAAAAGUCUGUGUGUCGAGCAUGUGUGAGUGAGUGUGUGUGUGUUGGGUAUAUUCUACACCUGGGGUCUGUCUUCUUAGCCUGUCUCCCCUUUUUCUUUCUAGCGUUACGUAGUGACCAGGAUAUUUGAUCUGUAAACUGAACCCUUUUCACCAAAACUGCCCUUUUUCUGUCUUAGCGAUGACUAUUUAUCCGUCCUGUAUCACAGACUUAUGUACAGUAUUUAUAUGUGAAUAUACCAUAUCUUCAAUUUUAUAUGAAAAUCAUGCUCGGUUUGAAGGAUUUCUUUUUAUUACCUUGUCAAAGAUUUUUUUUUACCUUGUCUGUCUGCACUGUUUGUGGAGAUAAACUGGACUGUAAAUAGCUGGAGACACGUUUUGUUAAUGCUGGACAAAGAAAAAAAAAAGCCAAACGCAGUUGAGCUGAAAACGCGGCGGUCUUGCCAAAAGAUGAAGAAACACAUGUGACUUGUCAUUAUGUUUUGUACAGUUAAGUGUGUGCAGUGUACACUGAUCAGAGGGACAGAGAUGAGUUUCAAGUCAUUUAGAUUUUUAUAUCUGCGCUUGUGAUGUUUCAUUUGUGAACAUUUUCCCCUGAUGUGGAUCUAGGAGGAGUGUCGUGUCAUUUCCUCUCUGUACUAUAACAGUCAAGUGAAACGCACUCAUCCCUGAGGUUCUGACAAUGUAUUAAAAAUACGAAUAGUUAUUAAACACAGAUCUCAAGAGGCGUUUUGAAACAUUGGACUUUCUCCCUGAAAUAAAUAUAUCCCUAUCUAAAAUUAAUGGACUCUUAACUCAUGCUGGCAAGUGUUUAAACAUGUGUUAAGAUUUUAUAAAUUAGUAAUUAGUGUCAGUAUUUCUGCUCAGUAGUCUGUGUGUAGACACUGCUGCCCCCUCUCUGCCACUGCUGGAACAUGAACUGUUACUAAUUUCUCUGAAUAUUGGCUCUGUACUUUUAGAUCUUCUGUGUGUGGGAGGCAUGUUGUGUUGUAAAUUUAUAUUUACACAAUUGUUGUGUGGUUUUGUUUUAGGGAUGUGUUGUAAAUACUUAUCGACUACACGUGCCUCAGUUUUACAUAUCUAGGAGCUGAACAGUGUGUGUGCGUGUGUGCACGCGAGCGUGCGUGCGUUCAGCUGACACGUCCCUGUCUUCUUUUAUACAACAGAAAAUGUCAAAUCAUAGCAGUUGUGUCAAAGUCACA